UCAUUUAAAAUUAUAUCUACUAAAUACAAAUAACAAUUACUAUAGAAUGAGCAGUUCAAAAUUUAGUUUAAAUUUUUUUAGAGUUGUAUCAAAACAUUAAACAUGCAGUGUAAUAAAACGUUAUGUUUAUUAACAGAAAAAAAAUUCACAUAAUUGAAUUUAUCUUAAGUAUAUACUUUUAAUGAUGACCAGUAAAACUCAAUGGAUUUUAAGUACUAUUUAUGUUUUACUUGCUGCGAAUACAAUGUCAAAAGCAGCAAAUAUUCUAGUAUUUGCACCAAUGCCCUUCAAAAGUCAUUUUGGAGGAUUUCAACCACUUUUUCAAGAACUGGCUCACCGAGGACAUAAUGUUACCGUAGUUAGUGCAUUUCCAUUGAAAAAACCCAUUGAAAACUAUACUGAUAUCGUUGUAGGCAUCGACAAAACGUUUGCACAGGGUUUAGACCCUAUAAAAAUGGCAAACGAAAAUUUUAUUGAAAUAUUAUUAAAUGUGGGUAAUUUACAAAAUUCUUUAGCACAUGCCACUCUCCCUGUUAAUGUUAUUCAAAAUUUCAUUCAGUAUGAUAAUUCUAAAUUUGAUCUUGUUUUUAUAUUUUCAUUUGGACAAACAUAUUGUGUUACUCUUGGACACAAAUACAACGCACCAGUGAUUAUGUUGAACGUUGUUAUGUUAUGGCAAGUCAAUAGCAAAUGGAUUGGCGAACCUUACACUUACUCUUAUAUUCCUGACCCUAGAAUUAGGACAACUGACAAAAUGUCGUUCAUGGAUAAGUUAAAAAACACAUUAGUCGGAAUUAUACAACUCUUUUUUACUGACUAUUACAAUCUUUCUGAGCAUAAAAAAAUUAUGAAUGCAUACUUCAGAUACUCGGGUUGGGAACAAAGACCUUCAUUGGAAGAUAUGUUACAUAAUAUUUCAUUGACUUUAAUAAAUGCUCAUUACACAGUUGGCCUAACGAGGCCUUAUCUACCCGGAACAGUUGAAAUUGGAGGACUUCAUGUAAAGGAGCCUAAAAAGUUAUCUAGUAAAUUUUUAGAUUUUAUCGAGUCUGCAGAACAUGGGGUGAUAUACUUUAGUUUAGGUACAGUAGCAAAUCCUGCAAUGCUCCCCAAGGCUAAAUUACAAAUAUUUAUUAGCGUAUUUAAUAAGUUAAAACAAAAAAUAAUGUGGAAGUGGAGUCAAGGAAAAACACCUCAAGUGUCGGAUAAUGUUAUGAUAAGUGAUUGGUUUCCACAACCAGAUAUCCUAGGUCACUCAAAUGUAAAACUGUUUAUUACCCAUGGUGGUCUACAUAGUCUUGAAGAAGCAUCAUAUAAUGCCAAACCUCUCAUUGGUAUACCAUUUUCUGGCGAUCAGCAUAUGAACAUGCGAAUUGUAGAAGAAAAAGGUUUUGGAAGGAUGAUUGACUUUUUUACAAUGAAUGAGGAAUCUUUAUUGUCUACAAUAAAAGAUGUACUUGAAAAUCCAAUGUACAAUGAAAAUUCCAUUCGACAAAGUCUUUUAUAUAGAGACCGAGACAUGAAACCAAUAGACCGAGCAGUAUAUUGGGUAGAAUACGUGUUGCGUCAUAAAGGCGCAAAGCAUUUAAUAAGCCAGAGCACUCGUUUGAAUAUAUUUCAAUACUUCCUCAUAGAUGUAUUUAUUGUUUUUGGUUUUUUUAUAAUGAUCGUGAUAUUCUUAGUUUUAAAGAUUUUAAAUUGUCUUUUCAAAUAUAACAAAUCAAAACUUAAAACGGCAUGUAUUUAUCUUAAGUAUAUAAUUUUAACGAUGACCAGUAAAACUCAAUGGAUUUUAAGUACUCUUUAUGUUUCACUUGCUACGAUAACAAUAUCAAAAGCUGCAAAUAUUUUAGUAUUUGCACCACUGCCCUUCAAAAGUCAUUUUGGAGGAUUUCAACCACUUUUUCAAGAACUGGCUCACCGAGGACAUAAUGUUACCGUAGUUAGUUCAUUUCCAUUGAAAAAGCCCAUUGAAAAUUAUACUGAUAUUGUUGUAGGCAUCGACAAGUCGUUUGCUGAAGGAUUAAACCCUAUGGUUAGCUAUAAUUUUUUUACAGUUGUACCUCUUCUAUGGAAUUUAUCAACUAUGUUAGCUUUAGCCAUUUUUCCUAAAACCGAAGUUAAAAAUUUCAUACAAUCCGACAACAGUAAAUUUGAUCUUGUUUUUGUAUACACAUUUGGUCAACAAUGUUGUGUAACAUUAGGCCACAAAUAUAAUGCACCAGUAAUAAGUUUAAACGCACUUAAGCUGGCACAAAGCAAUACCAAAUGGAUUGGCGAAUCAUUUAUGUAUUCUUACAUACCUGAUGCUAGAAUGGAAUCUAUCGACAAAAUGUCAUUUAUAAAUAGGUUCAAGAAUACAAUUAUCGGAUUUUUACAGUUGUUUCCCGAAGAUUACAUGAAUCUAUCUUACCAAAAAAAAAUAUUGAAUACUAACUUUAAGUACAAAGGUUGGGAGAGUAGACCUUCUUUGGAAGACAUGUUGAAUAAUGUAUCAUUAACUUUAGUUAAUGGUCAUUAUAGUGUUGGUCUAACAAGACCUUAUUUACCAGGAACCGUUGAAGUAGGAGGUCUUCAUAUAAAAGAGCCAAAACAAUUAAAAGGAAAAUUACUGGAAUUUGUCGAAUCUGCCGAGUUUGGAGUGAUAUACAUUAGUUUCGGUACAAUAGUAAAUCCUGCAAUGCUUCCUGAAAAAUAUAUACUGACGUUCAUUAAUGUUUUCAAAAAACUAAAACAAAAAGUUAUGUGGAGAUGGAUAGCAGAAAGACCAUCUAACCUUUCAGAUAACGUGAUGAUAAGCGAAUGGUUUCCUCAGGCGGAUUUAUUGGGCCAUCCAAAUGUGAAAUUGUUUAUUACUCACGGUGGAUUGCAUAGCUUUGAAGAAGCGUCAUAUAACGCCAAACCACUUAUUGGUGUUCCAUUUUUUGCCGAUCAGCACAUGAACAUGCGAAUUGUAGAAGAAAAAGGUUUCGGUAAAAUGAUUGAUAUUUAUUCAAUUGACGAGGAAUCCCUUUUGUCCACGAUAAACGAAGUACUUGAAAAUCCAAAGUACAAUGAAAAUUCCAUUCGACAAAGUCUUUUAUAUAGAGACCGAGAUAUGAAACCUAUAGAUCGAGCUGUAUAUUGGGUGGAAUACGUCUUGCGUCAUAAAGGCGCCAUGCAUUUAAAAAGUAUUAGUGUUGAGUUAAACACAUUUCAGUAUUUUUUGAUUGAUAUAACUAUGACUUUAUUCAUUUGUACAUUUAUAUUGGUAUUCUUAAUUACCAAACUAAUUAAAUGUAUUUUCAAGUCUAAUUGUAAAAUAAAAUCCAAAACUAUGUGACAUUAAUUGUGUAAUUUGUUUGAGAUAUUUAAUCGUUUCUGAUAAACGUUGAUUUAUUUGAAACGCGUCAAUGG